AUGCGUGGUCUACUGACGACUCAGAGCCAGAACUGCUACAGAGAGCAGAUCCAGAAGGAGAUGUUGACCCGUUUGGCCUGGAAGAGCCGCUACGCCAAACUCUACCCGACCUGCUCCAGAAACAACGAGGCUUCCCAGCUGCCCCAGCUGCCUGCCAGCCCUCGCUACCAUCAGUCCAUAGAUUCUCUUUAUUGUAAAACACGCGUGCUUGUAUCCACAGGUGACUACACUCUGGAUUACAGAACUCCGUCCUGUGCCAGGUCGUCUGUGGUGAAGGACACCUUCUAUGCCAGGAAUGGGGUGUUCAGCAGCCCAUCAGCUACUGACACUCUGGGCUAAGGUUCAGUUGUCAGACACCAGAGACGGCACUGCUCAAAGACUUUCAGAAACAAUCAAUGGAUGAAUUCAGAUCAUUUUGUUUUAAUGGAAAAACGUGAAAAU